AUGACACAAAUUCAUCAGAUAAACGAUAUAGAUGUUCAUCGAAUUACAUCUGGACAAGUUAUCACCGACUUAACAACUGCAGUGAAAGAACUCGUUGAUAAUAGUAUAGAUGCGAACGCAAACCAGAUCGAAAUAAUCUUUAAAGAUUAUGGUCUUGAAUCUAUCGAAUGUUCUGAUAAUGGUGAUGGCAUAGACCCUUCAAAUUAUGAGUUCUUAGCUUUAAAACAUUACACAUCAAAAAUUGCGAAAUUUCAAGAUGUUGCUAAAGUACAGACGUUAGGGUUUAGAGGGGAGGCCCUAUCUUCUUUAUGUGGCAUAGCUAAACUAAGUGUGAUAACAACAACUUCACCACCAAAAGCGGAUAAGUUGGAGUAUGAUAUGGUCGGUCACAUUACUUCAAAGACAACGACAUCAAGAAAUAAAGGGACGACCGUGUUAGUUUCGCAGUUAUUUCAUAACUUGCCCGUUAGACAGAAAGAAUUUAGCAAAACUUUUAAGCGCCAGUUUACCAAAUGUCUCACAGUUAUACAAGGUUAUGCAAUCAUAAAUGCUGCCAUUAAAUUUUCAGUUUGGAAUAUCACACCAAAGGGUAAAAAAAAUCUAAUUCUAUCAACAAUGAGAAAUUCAAGUAUGAGAAAGAAUAUAUCCUCAGUAUUCGGUGCAGGUGGUAUGCGUGGGCUUGAAGAGGUUGAUUUAGUGCUUGAUUUAAAUCCCUUCAAGAAUAGAAUGCUUGGGAAAUACACCGAUGAUCCUGAUUUCUUAGACCUCGAUUAUAAAAUUCGAGUGAAGGGCUAUAUAUCACAGAAUUCGUUUGGUUGUGGUAGAAAUAGUAAGGAUAGGCAAUUCAUUUAUGUGAAUAAAAGGCCAGUGGAAUACUCUACGCUUUUAAAAUGCUGCAAUGAGGUUUACAAAACGUUCAAUAAUGUUCAAUUUCCGGCUGUAUUUCUCAAUCUUGAAUUACCCAUGAGCUUAAUUGAUGUAAACGUCACUCCAGACAAAAGAGUGAUACUGUUGCACAACGAACGGGCCGUCAUUGAUAUUUUCAAAACAACUCUCAGUGAUUAUUACAAUAGACAAGAAUUAGCUCUUCCCAAAAGAAUGUGCUCACAAUCAGAACAACAAGCUCAGAAAAGACUUAAAACGGAAGUCUUUGAUGAUAGAAGCACAACACACGAAUCCGAUAAUGAAAACUAUCAUACCGCCAGAAGCGAAAGUAAUCAAUCCAAUCAUGCACAUUUUAAUAGUACUACUGGCGUAAUAGACAAAAGUAAUGGUACAGAACUAACUUCUGUGAUGGACGGUAAUUAUACUAAUGUCACUGAUGUCAUCGGUUCGGAGUGUGAAGUUUCGGUUGAUUCAUCAGUUGUAUUGGAUGAGGGCAACUCAAGUACACCGACUAAGAAGCUGCCAAGUAUCAAAACAGAUUCUCAAAACCUAAGUGAUCUGAACCUGAAUAAUUUUUCCAAUCCUGAAUUUCAAAAUAUAACUAGUCCAGAUAAAGCACGUAGCUUGGAAAAAGUUGUUGAAGAACCAGUUUAUUUUGAUAUUGAUGGUGAAAAGUUCCAAGAAAAAGCGGUUCUAUCACAAGCAGAUGGUUUAGUUUUUGUAGAUAAUGAAUGUCAUGAGCAUACAAAUGACUGCUGUCAUCAAGAAAGAAGAGGAAGUACUGACACAGAACAAGAUGAUGAAGCUGACUCUAUAUACGCAGAGAUUGAGCCAGUUGAAAUCAAUGUGAGAACUCCUCUAAAGAACUCACGUAAAUCGAUUUCCAAAGAUAAUUAUAGGUCAUUGAGUGAUGGAUUGACGCAUCGCAAAUUCGAAGAUGAGAUAUUGGAGUACAAUUUAAGCACAAAAAAUUUUAAAGAAAUAAGUAAAAAUGGCAAACAAAUGAGUAGCAUCAUAAGUAAAAGAAAAUCAGAAGCUCAAGAAAACAUUAUCAAAAAUAAGGACGAACUAGAGGAUUUCGAACAAGGAGAAAAGUAUCUGACGUUAACAGUUUCAAAAAAUGAUUUUAAAAAAAUGGAGGUUGUUGGACAAUUUAAUUUAGGAUUUAUCAUAGUGACCAGAAAAGUUGAUAACAAAUAUGAUCUGUUUAUUGUCGAUCAGCAUGCAAGUGAUGAAAAGUAUAAUUUCGAAACACUGCAGGCCGUGACAGUUUUUAAAUCGCAGAAAUUGAUAAUACCUCAGCCGGUAGAAUUAAGUGUCAUUGAUGAACUUGUGGUGCUGGACAAUUUACCAGUUUUUGAAAAGAAUGGAUUCAAAUUGAAAAUUGACGAAGAAGAAGAGUUUGGCUCCAGAGUUAAGCUGUUAAGCUUACCUACUUCCAAACAAACCCUUUUUGAUUUGGGUGAUUUUAAUGAACUGAUACAUUUGAUCAAAGAAGACGGUGGGUUACGAAGAGACAACAUCAGAUGUUCCAAGAUUCGUUCUAUGUUUGCUAUGAGAGCAUGUAGAAGUAGUAUAAUGAUAGGUAAACCGCUGAAUAAGAAGACUAUGACCAGAGUCGUUCAUAAUCUCAGUGAACUUGAUAAGCCUUGGAAUUGUCCCCAUGGACGUCCAACAAUGAGACAUUUAAUGGAAUUACGUGAUUGGAGCUCAUUUUCGAAGGAUUACGAAAUAUGA